AUGCCCUCGUGUGUAGCGCAGAGAAGAGUGGCGGCUUUUCUUCACAGGAAGCCUGCUGCAAGUGUGGGGGUGGCCACAGGGCUGGCACUCCAUUUACUUACUACGUGGGGCCCUUGGUCAUCGGACUGGAGAGCGAUGACGUCAUUGGACACCCUGUGCCACGUACGGCCGCCAGCUAUGCCGUGGACAAGGACUGCCAGCUUCUCCAGCACGGCUUCACCAUUGAUGCCGAGACAGGGCAGCUCAAGCUGA